CCUAACGGCGUCUGUUUAUCAGGGCCUCUUCCUCGCCCGCCACCUCUUCCUCUGCCUCACCCAACUUUGUACACUCGCUUCAGCUGCUUCAAUUCUCGCUCGGUGCUUUCUCUGGUUGACUGUGCUCGGCCAACAGCUCGCGUGCUCCUCCCAGCUACACCCGACCGCCACCAAUCAGCAAGAUGCAGCUGUCCAAGAUCGUUGCCGUCGUCGGCAGCGUCGCCGCUAUGGCCGUGGCUCUUGCAGUCCCCGAUGGUAAGGCUCCGUCCAUUCCUGCUCUGCCGUCCGAACCGACACCACCGGAGCCUGCUAGGACGCUGCUGCAUGCUCAGCUGGCGCUUGAAUUGCCUUGGUCGUGUGGACGGGAUGGGAGCCCUACCAGCACGAGAACAACUCGACUCACGCUAGAGAUUGUCCCAUCUUGCUCUCGAAAGCCCUCAGCUAAUCCGUCUUGUGCUCCAGAUGUGUCCGCCCGUGGCAGCGAUGUCGACGUCCUUGUCCAGGUCUUCGAGGUGAUGUCGACCAGCACCGUCUAUGCGACCCACACCUUCACAGUUACGAACUGCGCGCCCCAAGUCUCCCAGUGCCCUGCUCACUCGACCGCCGUCGUGACCUCCACGAUCGCGGUCACCACUACCGUGUGCCCGGUCAAGGUUACGUCGUCAAUCACCAUCACUCGGUCGCCGAGCGCCAGCCCUUCAAGUUCACUGCUUGUUUCCAGCAGCUCCGUCAACACGCCUUCCUCUAGCAGCGUCUUGAUUUCAACCCCAUCCAGCAGCGCUGUCGUCUCGACUCCAUCCAGCAUCGUAACUUCCACCUUGUCGUCCAGUAGCGAGGUCGUCUCGUCUCCGUCCAGCAGCGUGGUUAUCCCGACUCCGUCGUCCACCAGCGAGAUCGUCCUGUCUUCAUCAAGCAGCCUGGUCAUCCCGACUCCGUCAUCCUCCUCCUCAAGCAGCCAGAUCAUCUCGACUCCGUCAUCCUCCUCCUCCAGCAGUCUGGCAACACCAUCUACCCCGGCUUCCCCAUCUAGCUCCUCCAUCGCGAGCACGACGUUCCCCAUCAACUCGCCGCUUGUCCCAUCUUUCCCUAGCAGCGUGGCUUCUUCAAGCAGCGUGGUGACCCAAACCCCGCCGGCAUCCUCUACUAGCUCUUCCGUCGCCAGCACGACUUAUCCAAUCAACUCGGGGCAUAUUCCAAGCUCUUUCAGCACAGUUGCUCCAACCCAGACAAUCAGCUACAGCACCACGAAAAUUACGUCUACUCUCACCCAUGUGAUUACGCAGACGCAGACGCAGACGCAGACGCUCUCCCCCAGCACUCGCUCUAGCAUAGCUACCGGACCAGUCCAAUCAUCAAAAUCGAUCACAUCCUCGUUACCAUUCUGGGCUAACACAAGCAUUGCCACUAGUUCUGGCACAACUCAUCACCCGAUUCAGACGACUGCGAGCUCAAUUCUGGGGACCAAUAUCGUCACGGCGCCUUCUGGGUAAGUUGUCUCCUCAUUUUCUCUUUUCCUGCGUUCAUCUUCGUGGAAGCCCGAUUCCACCGCGUACUGAUAUUUUGCGCUUUAGGUUGCCCACUGCCUCCACCUCCAAUGGAACAACAUUCCAUCCUACCCAGGUUCCUACUCAGACUCCAUACUAUCAGAACAGUGGCAAGGCGAUCGGUGCAAUCGACGGGAUGGUGUUGGCUGUGCUCUUCGCAGCAGCCAUCGUCCUGUACUAGGGUGCAACGUCUUGUCGCUUAUGAUGGAGACACUGCCUGAGGCUGGUAUGCCGGCUGAGUGAUGGGGAUUCAAGAAGGAGGUUACUGUUUACUCUUGCAGAUUACAUGACCUGUCGACAUGGCUGCUUCAGCUUAAGGCUAUCGCAUACUUACAUCAUCGAUGUAUGAUCUUGU